AUGCGCGCAACGUACGUCGGUGGGCAUGAGUUGACAAAGCGAGGAAAGGAUCAUCCCCAGGCCCCUCCGCUGCAUCUUCACUUCGCGCAAUCCGAGUCCUUCAUCGUCGAAGCCGGCGCGGUCGGGACCACCACGACAUACGAUGUGUUGGACACCAUCCAUACAGUUGGUCGAAGCCAUCUCCAGGGUGUGGCCCGGCCAGGCCUCUCUCCGCCGGUCCCCAGCCAGACAGAUGGGGUAACUGAGAUCCCACCGUGGCUUCCGCAUAAAUUCUGGCCAGUGGCUCCCGAUCAUCCAUUCUGGUCAACCGACGAGGGUCGAGACUAUGAAGCCUCGCUCCCAAAUGGCCGAGCCUCGGAUACCACGCUCCUGAUCUGGGGCCAUCCAAGAACGGGAACCGGUUUGUCUACUAGUAUCGGCACUCUGACAUCGGACUUCCCACCCGAUAUGGACGCCGCGUUCUUUCUAGCGCUCUUGGUCUCCGUCGAUGCCGUCGCGUCUAAGCGCGUUGCCAUGACGCCGGCACUGGGAGCGGCGCUGAUGUCAUUUCAGACGGCGAGCCUGUCAUCGAUGAUUAUCGCCCCGACGGCUUGGUGGUUGGGGCCGUUGAGAUGGUUGAUCCCGUGGUCGGGGCAGAGGGCUCUGGAGGCGGUUCGAAAGUUGUGCGGAGGAAAGAGCGUGGUGGAGGUUGUGGAGGGGAUUAUUGAGCAGGAAGUUGUCAAGCGGCAGUAG